UUGAACCGGUAACAGUGGCCGCAAGUAAAUAUUUUUUUUUUGCGUCUAGAUAUUAGAGAAGUGUGGAACCAUUAUAACGGUUUCUUUUAUUUUUUUUAACAAAUUGCACCAUUUUAAUAUAUUCAUUUUGGUGUGGAAUAGUUAAAACUAAAUCGGUUUUGUUAAUAAAUAUUAAUUUAGGCAACUUUAUCAUUAUUAAAAUUUUACAAAUAUAGAAAAGUUAACGGAAAAAAACACGUUAUUUAACUUUAAAUGAGUUGAAAUAAAAAAAAUAUCAAGUAAUAAUUUGUUAUCGAAAAUAUAUGUUUUUUUAAUAAGCAUCAAGGAUUUAAUAUUUAAUAAAUAUAGGAAAACAGCAGAAAAAAAACAAGAACAUUAAUAAAAAAUAUGACAAAAUUAAUUUUACACGGACACAAAUUAAGUCCUUGUGUUCGAUCAGUUUUAAUUGUUGCUGAAGCAAUCGGUUUGACCGAUGAUCAAUUAAAAUUUAAUUUAAUUAAUUUAUUUAACAGUGAACAUUUAACAAAAGAAUUUUUAUCAAUGAAUCCAGUUCACAGCGUACCAGUGUUGGAAUGUGAUGAAGGUUAUAUUAUUGAUAGUCACGCAAUUACAACAUAUUUAGUUACAAAAUACGCCAAAAAUGAUAAAUUAUAUCCGAAAGAUCCAUUUAAACGUGCGUUAGUCGAUCAAAGAUUACAUUUUGAUUCUGGCAUAUUGUAUAUACGUUUAAGAAACGUUUCGAUGGGUAUUUAUCAUGAUAAGUCAACAGAAAUUCCAAAGGAAAGAAUUGAUACAGUUUAUGAAGGAUUUGAAUUUAUGGAAAAGUUUUUAGAAAAUGAUUUGUAUUUAGCGGGUAAUUCGUUAACUCUAGCUGAUUUACAAUGCGUAUGUACAGUAACAUCUUGUUUUGGAUUUGCCCCAAUUAGUGAAGAAAGAUUUCCAAAAUUAUUCAAUUGGCUAAAAAGAAUGUAUGAAUUACCUUAUUAUGAGAGAGGAAACGGAAUUGAAAAUUUGGCUUAUGUUAAUUUUCUAAAGGAUACAUUAAGAAAAAAAAAGGAAGCACAAAUGAAGGGAUCGGGCUUUAAUAUUUUUCAUUUUAAUGAUCAUAGUGAACUUAACAGUUAGUUACUAAUGAAUAUAAAAUGAAUGUAAAUUUAAAAUAUUUUAAACGAAAUAUUUAUGUGUAAGGCGACACACCAUAUUUAUGCAGUAUUCAAUAAUUAAUAUAAAUAUAUGGUUAAUCAAAAUUCACUUAAAAACUUAAUAACAUUUUUAGUUUUUUAAGCAAAUAAUAACAAAUUUUGACGUUUUUGCUCUCAAUAAAAAUAUUUGGACCCAACGCUCAUAAUUUAUCCCCAUUUUACCAAAUUUUCCUGUGCUUAACAUAUUUUUUCCAAUGGGAAACUUAAAUUAAACAAUAUUAAAAAAUAUGAUAAUUAGGAAAUCUACACAAAUUUUUGUACGUGCAUAAAACUAUAUACAUAGUCUUUAUUAACGUUAGCAAUAACGUAAGUUUACUUAUUGCGUGUAAAAUUUUUCAAAAUUUUUUCAAACUCAUUACUGUAAUUCUGAAAAGUAUAACUCAUUGCCUCACUUCUCAUGAAUUAACUGAUUGAGUUGUUUACAAAUGUUUGAUUUACUUCAUUCAUAUAAUUUGAAAUGUAAAAAAUUGGAAUGUUUAAUUUAUUUUAAACAUUUAGUUAUAUGCAUUUACCAGAAUCAUUCAUAUAUUGUAAAGCACAUAUGUAUAUAUAAGAGACAUUAGAGACAUACUCUAUAAUUACAUGCAAACAUACAUCAUAAAGAUUUUAUUUUAGUAUUGUAAGAGGUAUUUUAGUUUGAUUUUUAAAAAAAUCUUAUUUUAUUAUUCAAUAUGUAGAAUAAAGCAUAGGUGUAUACGUAGCUUUAAAACUUCAUUUACCUAAUACUCUUGGUAUUAUUGUUUUCUUUUACAUAAAAUAACUUGUUAGUAAACUACAAAUUUAUUUAAAUAAAUUUAUCUGAGGAUUUGGAUACAAAUAUAUAACUUCGAUAUUCAUUUGGCUAUAAUUUCGGAUUAGGCUUUGACAAGAGAGAAUAUGAUGAAAAUAACUGUAUUUUUUGACUUUCCUGGAAUCAUUUUGUAAACCUGAAUCCAUUCUGAAAAUAUAGUAUACAGAUUGAUAUUUCGCUUUGACUUUUGACUUUGAAAUAUUGUUUGAAUAAUUAAAAUAUUAUAAAAUGUUGAAAUUAUUAUACAAAAUUAAAUGAAAUUUUUUUUAUAUAUGUAUGUACAUACUAUGUUAUAUAGUCGCAACAAUGAACCUAAAGUCACAGGUUUGCUGUUUAACAUUUUUAUUCUGGAACCAAAAUGUGUAAAUUUAUGAAUCGGAGGCAGACGAUAACACUGCCAAGUCAUCUUUAAAAAAAAGUGUCAACUUUUUUUUUAAUUUGAAUUCAAUUAAUGAUUUCAAAUUGUUUAAGGUUUGAAUUUGCGAAAAUUAUUAUUAAUGCUAUAGAAAAACUAUAAAAGAGGUAAACGGCAUAUGUCACUGUCUCAGUAUCGAAAUAAAAAUAAAAAACCUACAAUUAUUCAACUAUUUUGGAAUUACACUUUAUCGAAAAUGUGCUGCACUCGAGCGAAUAUGAAUAUAUAUACAUAUGUGUGUAUAUAUGUUCCAUUUUGAAUGGAAAAUGUAACGAUCAGAAUUCUAUGCAAAAUAUGAAAGAAUCAACAUAAUACAGCUUGUAUCACAUUGUGAUAAUAGCAUGUAUAUAGAUAUACAUAAUAUAUAAAAUUAGCGUAUGAUGUAAAAAAACCCUUAAAUUUUUAAGGGAGAAAUAACUUACAAUUUCUGUUACAAUAUCGAAUUUCAAGUAUAAUUUAAG